AUGGCUUCUUUUGGCGUUGCUUCUCUUCUUGUCAUGUUUCUUGUAGCUUCUUGUGUAUCAAACUCAGUAGCAAGAGAAUGUUCUCGUGACAUAGAGUGCGCAUUCAUAUGUAAACAUGGCGGCUUUUGUGACUUAAAAACUGGCAAAUGUAGUUGCUUGCCUGCCUCAGAGCUAGCCUCUAACGUUGUAUCGAUUGUGGAUGCUAAAUGCGAAAACGAUGCUGACUGUGCCAAACCUUGUCCACCAGGUUGCGUAAUCCAUAACUGUGUAGGUGGUUCUUGUUUCUGUGACCAGUGUGGUGCCUGA